AUGACUUUCCAAAGCAAUCACGAGACUUACUUUAGUAUUCCUCAAGGCAUCGAGGGUCCUGAAGAACUAUCCGAUUGGUAUACCGAUCAAGGUGUGGAUUUAGCGAAUCUUUACUAUCUCAAAAUGAAAACACAAGGCACUGCUUUUCAAGCGGAUACAGCACAAGUCUUUUUUGAACACGUAAAAAGCGGAAACUACGAAAGGAAGUUCGGACCAUCUCCUGAACUCAGAAAGGUGAUCAUAUCAAGUGCUAGGAAUGAAAAUAAUUUAGAGGGUGUUAAUGAUCGUCUUUUGGUAAAUCCGGAUGGUACUUAUCGAGAAGGAACGGUGGAUCUAGGCGACAAUAGAUUGAAUUUAAUGAUGUCUUUCAUUAAUGAGAAGUUUGAAGGAAUUAAUGAGAAGUUUGAAGGAAUUAAUCGGAGAUUUGACGUUAUUGAUCGGAAAAUUGAGAGAAUAGAGAAACAGCUAAGGAGUACAAGUUCAAGAUUUGAUAAUAAAUUUAAGGCCCAAGGAGGUAGGCCAGGGUCAGCUGAUGCAUAUGAACAAAUAGCCAAUAGAGUAGGAUUGUAUCCGAGUGACGAAAAUUUGGAUGAUCUUACGUCCCUCGCUCAAGUUGAUCGAUUAAGAGGGAGACAAUUGAAGAGGUUUUUAGAAUUUUAUGGACUAUCUACGGAGGGGAGAGAACGACAGAAGAGAGAUAGGCUCUUGCAAUAUAUUGGUGUUAAUAUGGAACGAAAUACAACAAUUAACAUGGAUCAAGAGAGGGGUGCAAAAAUUUAG